CAACGUCUGUCAAAAUAUCAACAAACCGCGGUCCGCGGACAAACGUUUGAAUUUGUAUACAAACAGUCUCACUCCUGAAUCCUUUUUCGGUUUUUUGUAUUCGAAUAUUAGUUAUAUUCAACAUAAUAAAAUAGGACCAUGUCCGGCUUGGAGUCAUACGUAAACACCACCGUAUCGAUCAUAACAGCUGACGGACGAAACUUUGUUGGCACCCUCAAAGGAUUCGACCAAACCAUCAACAUAAUCCUGGACGAAUCGCACGAGCGUGUCUACUCGAUGAAUGCCGGAAUCGAACAGGUUGUCUUGGGCCUGCACAUCAUCCGCGGGGACAAUGUGGCCGUUAUUGGGCAGCUCGACGAGAGCAUAGAUAGUAAAUUGGAUUUCUCAACGAUACGAGGAACGCCACUCGAACCGGUGGUUCACUGAGCGGUUGGUCACAGGGUCAGUUAAUUGUAAAAUACUAAAUGGUUAAGAAAUAAAAUGAAAUUCGCAAAAGUUUGUAA